AUGAGAUUUUUUGGUUUGUUAUGUAAAGAUAUAUUGAUAUGGACUCAACAAACAAGAGAAAACACAGCCAAAUCACUAAACAAGAUAAGUAUAUGCCAUUUCAGGACUACGAUGCCACCAAGCAGCGUAGUUGCAUCUAUCUGCAGCUCUCUAUCUACCAUCAAGAGCGAUGUUUCAGACUCUUGGAACUUUUGUGAAAUCGAAGAGUGCGUCGAAGACACAAAAGUCAGUAGAAUUGUAGCAAUAAAAGUCACCUACUUACUCCCCCUACAACAAAAAAAAGAGGAAAAUCUUUCGUUUUUCGGUGGUGAAAGUUUUUUGGAUCCCCGCGAUUUUGUAGCCACCCUUCUCCUUUCUCACAUUCAUAUUCGAACUUCGUUUGAUAUCCCUUUUCUUAUAUUAUGGAAAGUUGUUGUCCACUACUUUCGUACUCCCGGUCUCACUGAGGCAGCCACCGACAACCUUUUGAGAAAGUCGAGAAAGAAUGUUUCUGAGAAGAUUGUGAAGAUCGAAACGGAGUUUUGCUACAACAUCCAGAUUUCGUCCGAGUUCACUCCUGAGCAGAAGAUCGUGCUUACCUGGUUGCUCAGCGAGAGCUACAACCCGAAGGGUUUCGGAAGCGAGCCUUUCCUGAAGGAGAACGAUGAGAAGGACUAUCUGACCGAGGUGGGUCCUCGUCUGAACUUCUCUACUGCCUGGUCUACGAACGCGAUCAGCAUUUUCCAUGCCUGCGGUCUGGACAACAUUCCCCGUGCGGAGUGCUCUCGUCGCUACCUUCUGCACUGCAGCGAGCCCCUCACUGCCGAGGAGAAGGACGCGUUCACCAAAUCGGUGCAUGAUCGCAUGACCGAGCAGCCCUACCUGACCCGUUUGACGUCCUUUAAGCUGGGCAUCGAGCCCGCUCCGAUCAAGACCUACCCCGUGCUGGCUCGCGGCAAGGAAGAGCUGAAAGAGCUCGACGCCGAGUUCGGUCUGUCGUUCGAUGAGCAGGAUCUGGCGUACUACACGCACCUGUUCUGCGAUAUUCUGAAGCGUGACCCCACGGACGUGGAGCUGUUCGAUAUCGCCCAGUCCAACAGCGAGCACUCGCGUCACUGGUUCUUCGGUGGCAACAUGGUGAUCGACGGGGAGAAGAAGGACCGCUCGCUGUUCCGCAUUGUGAAGGACACGCUCACCGAGGAGCGCCGAUCCAACAGCGUGAUCGCCUUCAACGACAACUCCUCCGCCAUUCGCGGAUUCGAGAUCUCCACCAUCCAGCCCGAGACCCCCGGCAAGCCCUCCAAGUUCGUGCAGCAGAAGUUCAUGUCGCACAUUCUGCUCAGUGCCGAGACGCACAACUUCCCCUCGGGCGUGGCUCCCUUCCCCGGCGCCGAAACCGGCACGGGAGGCCGAAUCCGCGAUGUGCAGGCGACCGGCACCGGCGCCAACGUGACUGCGGGUACGGCGGCCUACGCGGUGGGCUCGCUGAACAUUCCCGGCUAUGAUCUGCCCUGGGAGGAGAAGUGGGAGUAUCCCAGCAACCUCGCGAAGCCGCUCACCAUCGAGAUCGAGGCGUCCAACGGCGCUUCGGACUACGGCAACAAGUUCGGCGAGCCGGUGAUCACCGGAUUCACGCGCUCGUUCGGUCUGCGCCUCCCCAACGGCGAGCGCCGCGAGUACAUCAAGCCCAUCAUGUUCUCGGGCGGCGUGGGCCAGCUGGACGACCGCCAUCUGCACAAGGGCCAGCCCGAGAAGGGCAUGCUGGUGGUGAAGGUCGGCGGACCCGCCUAUCGCAUCGGUCUGGGCGGCGGUGCGGCCUCUUCGCGUGUGCAGGACGCCGCGCAGGCCGCGCUGGACUUCGACGCGGUGCAGCGAGGUGAUGCGGAGAUGGAGAACAAGAUGAACCGCGUGAUCCGCGCGGCGAUCGAGUGCCGCGACGCGAACCCGAUCGUGUCGAUCCACGACCAGGGCGCCGGAGGCAACGGUAACGUGCUGAAGGAGAUUUCGGCGCCGAACGGAGCGGAGCUGGACAUCCGCAAGGUGGUGGUGGGCGACCCCACGAUGUCCGUGCGCGAGCUGUGGGGCGCGGAGUUCCAGGAGAACGACGCGAUCCUGAUCCGCCCCGAGGACCGUGAGUUCAUCGAGGAGGUGGGCCGUCGCGAGAACGUGCCCGUGAUGAUCCUGGGCGAGAUCACCGACACCGGCCACAUGGUCGUCAAGGACAGCAAGACCGGCGAGACCGCCGUCGAUCUGGACCUGGACCUGGUGCUCGGCGAUAUGCCUAAGAAGACCUUCGUCGACCACCACGUGCCCAUGCAGCUGCAGCCGCUGACGCUGCCCGCGGACCUCACCGUGAGCGGCGCUCUGGACCGCGUGCUGCGCCUGCUCUCCGUGGGCAGCAAGCGCUUCCUGACCACCAAAGUGGACCGUUCCGUGACGGGCCUGAUCGCUCGCCAGCAGUGCUGCGGCCCGCUGCAUCUCCCGCUGAGCGACGUGGCCGUGUUCUGCCAGAGCCACUUCUCCACGACGGGCUGCGCGACGGCCAUCGGCGAGCAGCCGGUGAAGGGUCUGGUGAACCCCGCGGCGAUGGGCCGUCUGACGGUGGGCGAGGCCUGCACCAACCUGGUGUGGGCGGCGAUCACGGACCUGGCGGACGUGAAGUGCUCGGGCAACUGGAUGUGGGCGAGCAAGCUGGAGGGCGAGGGCGCCGCCAUGUACGACUGCUGCGAGGCGAUGGGCAAGGCCAUGCUGGAGCUGGGCAUCGCCGUGGACGGAGGCAAGGACUCGCUCUCCAUGGCCGCGAAGGUCGGCGAUGAGCUGGUCAAGGCUCCCGGCACGCUCGUCGUGUCCGUCUACGCCGCCUGUCCCGACGUGUCGCUCACCGUGACGCCCGAUCUCAAGCACCCGGGCGAGUCCGUGCUGCUCUUCGUCGACCUGUCUGCGGGCCACUGCCGUCUCGGCGGCUCCGCGCUCGCGCAGACCUUCAAGCAGGUCGGCGACGACUGCCCCGACUGCGACACCGCGCUGCUGGACCGCGGCUUCCGCGCCACGCAGCGUCUGCUCCGCGAGCGCGCGCUGCUGGCCGGCCACGACCGCUCGGACGGCGGUCUGAUCACCACGCUGCUGGAGAUGGCGUUCGGCGGCAACUGCGGAAUCGAGGUGGAGCUGAAGAGCGAGACCGACUCGCUGCUGAACGUGCUCUUCUGCGAGGAGCUGGGCCUGGUGGUGGAGGUGGCGGAGGCCAACCUGCCGCGCGUGCUGGAGGUGUACCGCGAGGCGCAGGUGCCCGUGCAGCAGAUCGGCCGCUCGGUGGCGGGCGACCGCGUGACGGUGCGGUUCAACGGCGAGGUGGUGCUGGACGACGCGAUGACGGCGCUGCGCGACCUGUGGGAGGCCACGUCCUUCGAGCUGGAGAAGCUGCAGUGCAACCCCGAGUGCGUAGCGCAGGAGCAGGCGGGCCUGAAGAAGCGCCACGCGCCGCGCUGGGAGCUCACCUACACGCCGCGCGAGACGCCUGCGGAGUGGAAGGCGGAGGCGAGCAAGUACAAGGUGGCGAUCAUCCGCGAGGAGGGCUCCAACGGCGAUCGCGAGAUGGCCGCCGCGAUGUUCGCCGCGGGCUUCGAGCCGUGGGACGUGCACGUGCGCGACCUGCUGAGCGGCGCGGUGACGCUGGACCAGUUCCGCGGCGUGGUGUUCGUGGGCGGGUUCAGCUACGCGGACGUGCUGGAGAGCGCGCGCGGAUGGGCGGCGACGAUCCUGUUCAACAAGGAGCUGAAGGAGCAGUUCGACCGGUUCUACGCGCGGCCGGACACGUUCUCGCUGGGCAUCUGCAACGGCUGCCAGCUGAUGGCGCAGCUGAACUUCGUGCCGUGGCGCGGCAUCGAGGAGACGAAGCAGCCGCGGUUCCUGCAGAACAAGUCGGGCCGGUUCGAGUCGCGGUUCGUGAACGUGCGCGUGGAGAAGAGCAACGCGGUGAUGCUGCAGGGCAUGGAGGGCAGCACGCUGGGCGUGUGGGUGUGCCACGGCGAGGGCCGCUGCUUCUGGCCCGACGAGGAGGUCCGCAAGGCCGCCUUCGAGCAGAACUGCGUCGCUCUGCGGUAUGUGGAUGACGAUGGCCAACCCACCAUGGAGUAUCCGAUGAACCCUAACGGGUCGGAGUAUUCGGUGGUGGGACUCACUUCUCCCGACGGACGCCAUCUCUGCAUGAUGCCGCAUCCCGAGAGAGUGUUCAUGAAGUUCCAGUGGCCCUAUUGGCCCGAGAAGUGGACCAACCCUGUGUCCCCGUGGCUCAAGAUGUUCCAGAACGCGCGCGAGUGGUGCGAAUCUCAUUAUUCUCUUUGUUAA